AUGAACUUAGAUCAAAGGUUUAUAACUCAAAAUUCACAAUUCAUGUCAAGGAGAAGCCAAUAUUUAUUAUAAUUGUAUGGUGAUAUUCAAAAUUUAGAUAAAAUGACUAAUAGUAGAGACAUAGAACAACUUUGACCAAUCUUCCUGAUCAAGAAGAACUAAUAAAUUAGCUAAAUGCUAAAUAGGAAAAGAUUAACAAUUUAUAAGAGGAGUUCAAAAAGCUAAAAACCUUGAUGGAGUAAAAAGAAGUAAUCAAUUAGAAUUAAAAUUUAGAGAGAUAUAAAAAAUUAUGAAGCUUUGGUUUAAAAAAUAGAAAAUACAUAAAAUUUCGAUUUAUUCGUCAAAGAAGGAAAAUAACUCAAUAUUACUCGAUCGAUGGCAAUUAAUUUAAAAAGAAAAGCUGGUGAGGAUAAAUAAGCGAUUUAGAAACAUUAAGAAACAAUCAGAGAACUGUAAGAAAAUAUAAAAACAAGAAAUGUAAUGAAAUUGAAAGUACUAGUUAUUUAUUAAUACAUUAUAGAAUUAUAAUAUUUAAUUGUUAAAUGAUAUUUAUAUUCGAAAUGAUAUAAUAGAUAGAUAAAACUUAAAGAUUUAAGAAUUAAAUUAACAAAUUGAUAGCUUAAGAAUAUAUUAGAAUUAUUAUACAAUAUAAUAAGAUUUACCAGGGAUAGAAAUAAGAUUUAAUUAAUUAUAGAAUAACAUUAAUGAAUUGAUAAACAUAAAAAGAUAAACUUAAGCAGAUCUGGAUAUUGUCAAAAUAUAAUAUUAAUUAAUAAAGUAAUAAACCCAAAACAAUCAAUAAAUAACAAGAUAUCGAAGUAGUAGUUUUAAUAUUAGUCAAAAGAGUGAAAUAUAAGUUAGAAGAGAUUUAAGAUCGAAAUCGAUUUCAAAAGAUAAUAUUUUCAUUGAAAGAAAUUGGCAAUUAAUUAAAUCACUUGAAAAUAAAAAUAAUUAACUCAUUCAAAAAAGAUAACAAUAAUGUAAUGAAAUAAUAACAUUAAAAAAUCAAAUUAAUGAUAUUUCUUAAGAGAAAUAAGUACAAGAGAACUUAGUUUAAUAAUUAAAAUAGAAUGCUAAAAAUAAUGCAGAUAGAAUUAAAUAAUUAUAAAAUGAUUUAUAAGUGAUAAAUCUUUAAAAUGCUAAUUUGAAAUAAUUAAUACAAAACCAUGGAUCUGAUUUGACAGAAAAAAAAUUACAAAUUGUUUAGUAAAAGGAAAUUAUUGAAAAGCUUAAUUAAGAAUUAUUGAAUAAAGAUAAAAAUAAAGAAAUAGAGUAAUUAAGAUUUUAGAUUAAUUAAGAAAUAGAAUAGAAAAAUAAUAAUUAAUAGAUAUAUAAUUAAGAAAUCGAAUAACUUAAUGCCAUUUUAAAUGAAAAAAAAUAAGAUAAUGAUUAACUUAAUAAUAACUUAAGACAUUUAAAUUCAUAAAUAUAGGAAUUAAAAUAAUAGAAUGAGGAUUAUAAUAACAAAAAUCUAGAAUAUAAUCAGAUUAUUAACAAUCUUAAAUUAGAAAUAAAUAACAUUUAGGCUAAUUUAGAUAUAAAAGAUUAAAAUAUAUACUAAUUAACUUAAAAUAUUGAUAAAUUAAAUUUUGAGAUAUAAUAAUUAAAUAAGGAUAAAGAAUCAUUAAUUUAAGAUAAAGAGUAAUUAAAUGAAGAGAUAUAAUCAUUAAAUCAAAAGAUAAAUUAAUUAAAUUAGGAUAAAGAAUAAUUAAAUAAGGAUAAAGAAUUAUUCANUAGUUAUUUAUUAAUACAUUAUAGAAUUAUAAUAUUUAAUUGUUAAAUGAUAUUUAUAUUCGAAAUGAUAUAAUAGAUAGAUAAAACUUAAAGAUUUAAGAAUUAAAUUAACAAAUUGAUAGCUUAAGAAUAUAUUAGAAUUAUUAUACAAUAUAAUAAGAUUUACCAGGGAUAGAAAUAAGAUUUAAUUAAUUAUAGAAUAACAUUAAUGAAUUGAUAAACAUAAAAAGAUAAACUUAAGCAGAUCUGGAUAUUGUCAAAAUAUAAUAUUAAUUAAUAAAGUAAUAAACCCAAAACAAUCAAUAAAUAACAAGAUAUCGAAGUAGUAGUUUUAAUAUUAGUCAAAAGAGUGAAAUAUAAGUUAGAAGAGAUUUAAGAUCGAAAUCGAUUUCAAAAGAUAAUAUUUUCAUUGAAAGAAAUUGGCAAUUAAUUAAAUCACUUGAAAAUAAAAAUAAUUAACUCAUUCAAAAAAGAUAACAAUAAUGUAAUGAAAUAAUAACAUUAAAAAAUCAAAUUAAUGAUAUUUCUUAAGAGAAAUAAGUACAAGAGAACUUAGUUUAAUAAUUAAAAUAGAAUGCUAAAAAUAAUGCAGAUAGAAUUAAAUAAUUAUAAAAUGAUUUAUAAGUGAUAAAUCUUUAAAAUGCUAAUUUGAAAUAAUUAAUACAAAACCAUGGAUCUGAUUUGACAGAAAAAAAAUUACAAAUUGUUUAGUAAAAGGAAAUUAUUGAAAAGCUUAAUUAAGAAUUAUUGAAUAAAGAUAAAAAUAAAGAAAUAGAGUAAUUAAGAUUUUAGAUUAAUUAAGAAAUAGAAUAGAAAAAUAAUAAUUAAUAGAUAUAUAAUUAAGAAAUCGAAUAACUUAAUGCCAUUUUAAAUGAAAAAAAAUAAGAUAAUGAUUAACUUAAUAAUAACUUAAGACAUUUAAAUUCAUAAAUAUAGGAAUUAAAAUAAUAGAAUGAGGAUUAUAAUAACAAAAAUCUAGAAUAUAAUCAGAUUAUUAACAAUCUUAAAUUAGAAAUAAAUAACAUUUAGGCUAAUUUAGAUAUAAAAGAUUAAAAUAUAUACUAAUUAACUUAAAAUAUUGAUAAAUUAAAUUUUGAGAUAUAAUAAUUAAAUAAGGAUAAAGAAUCAUUAAUUUAAGAUAAAGAGUAAUUAAAUGAAGAGAUAUAAUCAUUAAAUCAAAAGAUAAAUUAAUUAAAUUAGGAUAAAGAAUAAUUAAAUAAGGAUAAAGAAUUAUUCAAUUAAGAGAUAUAAUAAUUAAAUUAACAUAAAGAAUAAUUAAAUCAAAAUAUAUAAUAAUUUAUUUAGGAAAGAUAAUUAAUAAAUUAAGAAAUUAUCCAAAAAGAUGAGAACAUAUAAAGUUUGAAACUCGAUUUAGAGAUCUUACAAUAUAGUAAUAAAAUUAUAUCCAUAAAUGUUGCCAAUUAAAAUAAAAGUAAAAUAUUCCAAGUUUAACUAAAGGAUAGUAUCAAUGACAUUUAUAUGUUGGCAGCUUAAUAAGGAUUUUAGUAUCACAUUAUUUUAUAUUUUAGAAUAUAAUUAAAUAGAAAUACUACUUUAUUUGUGCUAUCUAAAAAUAAGAGAAUUUCUUAAUCUGAUUGGAAUUAAAAAAUAUAUCAAAUAUUUGUGCCAGAUGAUUACAAUCAUACAAUAACAAUAGAAUUUAGUAAUUGA